AUGGGGCCGGCGGACCCCCUGAUAUCAUCGAGUACGCUUGCUUCCAUGUCAGUCUCAGGCACGGAAAGAACGCCUUUGCUCGGCGACGAGGAAGACAAUAACUACAACCACAACAACAACAACAAUCACCCCUACCAUAAAAAUGCUCAGAAUCAGGUCAACCCAAAUGCGCAGGAAGGGGUCCAAUCUGUGGAGGCGAUCACUCUUGUAUGGUCGAAAACGUCCUUGAGAUGGACUUAUUUUUUUAUUCUUCUCAUAUAUACCCUAAAUUCUAUUCAGGGACAAGUGACCCAGAACCUCAUGCCCUACGUGGUCAGCGACUUUUCGGCGCUCUCUCUCAUACCCGUCAUAGGCAUAGUGUCGGCAAUAAUGAAUGGGGUAUUGCGUUUGCCCAUCGCGAAACUAUUGGAUCUAUGGGGUCGCGCCGAAGGAUUUGCCUUCAUGACUUUAAUCGCUACCACAGGUCUUCUGCUCAUGGCAAUAUGCAGAAACAUAGAGACAUAUGCGGUGGCACAGGUCUGCUAUGCCGUCGGAUUUGGAGGCAUAUCCCUCACGAUGAAUGUAGUAAUUGCAGAUAUCUCUUCACUAAAGAAUCGAGCUCUGGCUAUCUCGGUGGCCUCUUCUCCAUAUAUUGCCACAACGAUCAUAGGACCAAGACUAUCUCAAACGAUAUACCAAACAAUUGGAUUCCGUUGGGCAUUUGGCCUAUCCGCAAUCCUUACGCCCAUGUUUGCUGCGCCGAUCUUCGGCAUGUUGUUCACAAAUCAGCUCAAGGCAAAACAAAUCGGGGUAUUGUCGAGUGUGCCUGCAAAAAGAAGUUGGAAGGAGGCAUUCGUGCAUCAUGUUGAAGAGUUUGAUGCAUAUGGAGUCUUCUUCUUAUCCGCAGGCCUAGUAUUCUUCCUGCUCCCCUUCUCCAUCACAGGCUACGCAGACAAUAGCUGGACGUCUCCCUCUAUAGUCUCCAUGAUAUUCAUCGGCUUAAUUCUCCUCAUAAUAUUCGGUUUCUGGGAACGCUUCUAUGCCACCCGACCUUUCAUCCCUUACCAUCUCCUUUGCGACCGAACUGUAAUCGGUGCCUCUCUGCUGUGUGCUACCCGCUUCGUCGCCUAUUUCUGCUGGGACGGCUACUUCACUUCCUAUCUUCAGGUCGUAAAUGGCCUGUCCAUCUCCAAAGCUGGCUACAUCGGCAAUAUCUUUAGUAUUGGGGCCUGUUUGAUGUCUCUAGUAACGGGCUAUUUUAUCCGCGUCACGGGACGCUUCAAAUGGAUCGCCUGGAUUGCUAUGCCAAUUGAGCUCGUCGGUGGAGCGUCAAUGAUCUAUUUUAGACAGCCAUACCAGAACAUCGCAUAUGUGGUGGGAUGCCAAGUCUUUAUUGCCAUCGCCGGAGGUGCCUUAGUAAUAUGCGAGCAAAUGGCCGUCAUGGCGGUAGUCGAACACGCGCAGAUCGCUGCCAUACUUGCUCUCUUGGGUCUCGUCUCUAAUAUCGGAGGCGCCGUCGGAAGUUCGGUGUCUGGAGCUAUCUGGACCAACACACUUCCCGGAGCACUCCUCGAACGACUACCAGAGUAUGCGAAAGGCAAUGCAACUGCCAUCUACGAAGACCUGGCGUUGCAAUUGAGCUACCCAAGGGGCUCCGAAGUCAGAGAUGCGAUUGUAGCCGCAUACGGAGUUGCGCAGAUGCGAAUGUGCAUAGCGGGGACGGCUGCCUUGAUGUUUGGGUUUGUAUGGGUGAGUCUUUGGAGGGACGUGAAGGUCUCGGAUUUGAAGCAGAACAGAGGGACAGUACUCUGA